GUCCCACUUCUGCCGAGCACGACAUGGAGAGAAAGUGAUAUAUUUUCUUUCAGUCUCAUUCGAAAGCACGGGAGUUUGGUUGGGAACGCGAAAGACUGCAAGCGAAUUAAUCUGAACCGCGUCAGGAUCCACGACGAAAAGUUUUUACAGGAAACUAAACAUUGCCGGGAAGUUGCGCGCGGAGACUCUAUUGGUUUACACACAGGGAGAAGCAGGGGAAACAGAGACGGCUCUGUUAGACGGAUUUUUAAUGAAAUACAGCAGCUGUCUGACACACGCCUGCCACCCCUAUACAUCUCGAGUUAGAUGCGCUUGACUUUAAGAUGCGGAGCGACCCCAUACUGUUCGCCUCGAGGGCGAUGGAGGAGUUGUUGGCAGAGUUGCGGGUCUUUCUGGAACUGUUGGACAGAGAAUAUUUAACAGCUGGUGUAAGGGAAAAGAAACAGCAGAUUUUAAACAUCCUGCACAGAGUUCUGGCCACUAAAGAGCCCUUAUGUAAGACAGAGAUACACACCUCUCUCCCGGCCCCUCCUCAGAUGCCCCUGCCAGAGAUUCCUCACCCCUGGAUGCCUCCAGACAAUGGUCCUCCUCCCUUGCCUAGCUCCUCUCUUCCAGAAGGUUAUUAUGAGGAAGCCGUACCUCUGGGCCCUGGGAAAGCCCCAGAGUACAUCACAUCAAAUUAUGACUCGGAUGCAAUGAGCAGCUCAUACGAGUCAUAUGAUGAGGAAGAGGAGGAUGGUAAAGGACAGAAGAUGCGUCACCAGUGGCCAUCAGAGGAGGCCUCAAUGCACUUGGUGAAGGAUGCACGAAUCUGUGCCUUCCUGUUGCGAAAGAAACGCUUUGGACAGUGGACCAAACUGCUCUGUGUCAUAAAGGACAACAAACUGUUGUGCUAUAAGUCCUCGAAAGACCAGACUCCACAGAUGGAGCUCCUCUUGUCUGGAUGCAGUAUCACACACAUUCCCAAAGAUGGCAAGAAGAAGAAGCAUGAACUGAAGAUUGUCCAUCAAGGCGCUGAUGCGCUGGUGCUGGCCGUCCAGAGCAAAGAACAGGCUGAAGAGUGGCUUAAAGUGAUGAGGGAGGUCUGCAUUAAUGGAAACGGAGUGCUGGACUUUGACAGAUCUGGUUCCCCUGUUCACAAAACAGAGCUUGAGAAGAAACUGUCCUGUGAUAGACCCAGUUCAGAUGGAGAGCCCUGCCAUGAGAAUGGCAUUUCAGAUGGCAAAGAUCCAGCCAAAGGCAAAAAGAGCUCUAAAUCAGAGCAGAAAGGCACCGUGGGGCGGGUAACUGGAAAGAAAAUCACUAAAAUCAUCAGCCUGGGCAAGAAAAAGCCUUCCACUGAUGAACAGACAUCAUCGGCAGAAGAAGAUGUCCCAACAUGUGGCUAUCUGAAUGUGCUAUCCAAUAAUCGCUGGAGAGAGCGCUGGUGCCAGCUGAAAGACAACCAGCUGUUGCUGCACAAGGACAGGGCGGAUCUGAAGACGCACAUGGCAUCUCUGCCUCUGCGGGGUUGUGAGGUCAUUCCAGGGCUGGACUCCAAACAUCCCUUCGCCUUCCGUCUGCUACGCAACGGACAGGAGGUUGCCGUUCUGGAGGCAUCCUCCUCUGAGAGUAUGGGGAGGUGGUUGGGGGUGUUGCUGGCAGAAACAGGUUCCACGACUGAUCCCGCUGCAUUACACUACGAUUACAUUGACGUGGAAACCACUGCUAAUGUCAUUCAGCUGGCCAAGCAGUCAUUUUGUUUCACCAGCAAGCGUGCGGUGUCACCAAACCCAUACCUGGAUAACCCGGUCAAUGGUUAUGCCUGCCCAUCAGGUGUUGCUCUGCAUUAUGAUGAUGUACCCUGCAUCAAUGGAACGGCACCAGGUGUGCUGUAUUCCUCCCCAACUUCAAGGGAUCACCUCUGGAAGGAGGAGACUCAUUAUGAGAAUACAGAUCUUUACGAAAACAUGCCCUCCCCCAAACUAGCAUCUCGCUACUCACCCAAAUCUAACCGCCCGUCAUCUUCAGGGCAUUACAACACACCAACCUCCACCAAAUCUCUGUCCUCUUCCUCAGCUGCUAAAACUAACACUAAUCAGCUGAAAGGAAAGAAAUCCCUGACCACCAAUGGGAUAGCCGCGAAGCAGAAGCUGGACAAGAACCAGCCCAAAAAAGCCAACGGAACCAGCGGCACUCUUCCAGUAAAACGCAACAAUUCUAGUGUGGAUCAGUAUAAGUAUGGGAAAAACAGAGUGGAGGCAGAUGCCAAGAAGCUUCAGGCGAAAGAGGAUGAGUUGAUGAAGAGGAAACAGGAAAUUCGAAACCGCUUGACCCAGUUGAAGAAAGACAGAAAGGACCUCCGUACCGCUAUAGAAAACAGCACAGGUAAGCGAUCUCAGGCCUCUCUGACAGAGAGACUUAAGAAAGUGGAAGAGGAAUGCAAAGUGAAAGAGGAGGAGCGAGUGAAUCUGGAGCUGGAGCUGACGGAGGUGAAGGAAAGUCUGAAGAAAGCCCUGAAUGGAGGCGUCACUUUGGGCUUGACCAUUGAACCCAAAACGGGCAGCUCCAGCCCACAGUCUCCAGUGUCAUUAAGGAGGACGGUGGACAACUCGCCCAUGUCCAGCUGUGACACCAGCGACACUGAGACCUGCUCUUUGCCCGUCAACAGCGCCUCUCUGCUGCGCAGACAGACGCAACAGAAAGCCUCACCUGUGCGAGGACACGUCCUCAGGAAAGCCAAGGAAUGGGAGAUGAAAACUGGCACAUAGGUCCAUUAUCAACUUUUUCUUUAAUUAUAUCUAUUUAUUUAAUUUUGUCCAUAUCGGAGCGAUUUUGAAGUGGAAUUGACUGAACCAUAGACACAUCAUCUUUCAGAAAAGAAAUUCAGUUCUGGAGAAGUCCAGUUUAUCAAGUUACCUGCUAUUUUACUAUUAUUAUCACUGAAUAAUGACGAUUUUUAAUAGUAAACCACAUUAAUACAUAGAUUUUUUUAUUAUUUUGUAAAGCAUAUGCUUUGUGUCUCAGAUUAUGGUCCAUAACUGCAAACUAUAUACUGUAUGUGCAUGUUAUAUCAUGUAUAGACAUUCACUGGUCUCAGUCGGGAAUCACUUGCGUCUAAAAGGUUUCGAGAAGCCAUCAAUGGAAGACAAAAUCUCCAAGUAUUUAUUUGUAAAUGUUUAAGUAAAUAUAAGCCUCUCUGUGUUUGUUUUUGUCGAUAUUUAGUAAUGCCUUUAAUUUAGCUUCAUGCUAGUAAUAGAGAGCAGCUUCUAUUGGGAAUGGGAUAAAUGUAAAUUACAAUUUGUUCUUUAAAGAAAAAGUGUAAUCGGUAUGAAAGUGUUUUACAAGCCUUUCCUCCUUAUUGGUGCCUGGCCCGUUACUUUCAAUUCGAUGAUCUGUCCAGACAUUUGGCUGGAGCAGUUACUAUGGUAACAACAGCCCAUAGGGAACAGGGCAGCUUAGGCCAGGGUGUGGCCCUCUAUUGGCUGGCUCCUCUGGAAACUGGGCCUGAAAAUACUCAUAUGCUUUCAUUUAAAGGGAUAGUUUACCCAUAAAUGAACAUUUUGUCAUCAUUUACUCACCCUGUAUGAGUUGGACACCAUUUAUUUUGAUAAAUAAUGGUAAGCACACACUAGAAGGUACCCAUUGACUUCCAUAGUAUUUUGGAAAUCAAUGGGUACCAUCAACUGUGUGCUUAACAUUAUUUAUCAUAAUGUCUUCUUGUGUGUUCAACAGAAUAAAGAAACUCAUACAACAUGAGGGUAAGUGAAUAAUGACAGCAUUUUCAUUUUUGGGUGAACUUUCCCUUUAACUUUCCCCCAACACACACUGCAGUCAUGCUUAUGUAGCUACUGCAAUGGAAACAGUCGUGUAUGUGUGUGUGCCUGUGUGUGAAUAUAUUCAUCCUCAUCUGAACACUGCAAUACAUCAAUACACUGACAGUUAUACUGUAUAUGUACUGUAUGGUAAAACAAAAACAUCUAUGUGAAAUUGCAUUACAAUUUUUUAAGACUGAAUUCUUUAGCUUUCCAUAUGCAGGUGUAAGCGCGUUUCUUAAAAGUAUUGAAUGUUUGGUUUAACAAAAGAAUGUCUGGCAGAGAUCUUGAAAGUCAAAAUGUUUCAAACUCUAAAGCAAGUUUGUUUGAGAGUCCAUACCUCUGUUAUGUUUCACUUUAAUAUCAAAAUGGUGCUUUUAAGCAAUGCUUAAACUGUUAACUCCUAAUUUAACAAAAUUAUGGAGGUUUGGUGCUUAUGUAGAUGUGUGACAUAUUCAUGUGCAUACAGUAGCACAUUUAUAACUUCUUGUUUAUUGCACAGUGAAGCUUAGCUUUUGACGUGAUGCUUCUUAUGCUAUAAAAGCCUCCUGCCAUUUUUUGGACACAUUUUUCUAUUCUUUUCUAUCUGGACCCAUAACUUUUAUAUGACAGUAUUUGUCCAGUUAUUUUGUAAAAUGCUGCACUGGAUAAUGAAAGCUUAGUAUCAGUGCAUUUGUCUUAAAAGAGAC